GCCACAGCGGAUGAAUUCAGCAAGGCCCCGAAGGAUCCCAAGAUGAUUCAGCAUGCCCUGCAGGUGUCGAAACAGAUGGUGGACCUUGUCAACGAGGUGAAAUCCAGUGACAAGGCCAUCCAGCAGAGCUUGGCCAAGACAGGGGACCCACUAGUCUACGACGACGGGUCCAUCAAUCGUAGUGACAUUCCAGACCCGGGUGAGGAGGUCGGGCGUUUGGCCGAGGGCAUCGCCAAGCUCGCGCGAAAGCGUGGCGAUGACAAGAUGCUGAAGAAGACCGAAGGCAAAAUCGUGGAGCACAUGGUUGCCGUCGAGAAGAUGGUGGACGGGGCUAAGGAGGCGGAAGAAGUGGGUGUUGAUCCACGGGACAUGCUGGCAGAUGAGCCUGAGAACGACACAGCCGCGCUGGUUGAAUCCUUCAGCACGGAUGCAGCUGGUACGGACACUGACGACGAGGCCCCCGUAGCAGAGUCUUGGGAGAUUGACGAGAUGGACGUGGACUCCAUGGAUGCGUUCACUCGAGCCAAGAUCUGCGAACUUCUUCCAAGCUUGCGAUGCGAUGCUUGCGGCGAAAACGCCAGCACGCUGCAAGAGUACCGAGACUGUGUGGGGCAUGAGGUCGUGCUGUUCCAGGAGAGCCGAAAGCUAAAGGCAAAGCAGGAGCAGUACCGACAGCAGCUUGAUGAAACAGUGCAGCGAGCGAAGAAGAUGAAGAACCUGAAGAGCAAAGGCAUGCUGGCGGCGCACGACGCCCUGCAGAUUUGGGGCAUUCACCGCAAUUGGGCAAGAUGGACAUCCGAUCCCACUUGGCCGCUGGAUGCUUUGAAAGGCGAGCCGGCAAAAGCCGGUUGGCAAUCCUUCAGCACUGACUCUCAGGUGAUACUCGAUACGCACGUCGCCGAGUUCCAAAAUGGCGCAGUGGACAUUGCCAAGGAGGAAGCUGCGGCGAGCGGGGACACUCUCUAUGCUGCGCAUCUGGAUGAUCACGUGGGUGAGGCUAUGGAAAUCCAAGCCGGCGGCGAGGGUGCGAGCACCCACCGACAGCAUCUAAUGUUGGAGUUUGCGCCAAAGAUCGAUCGUACACCCCUCAGCAUCGCGUAG